GUUUUCCCCACAACAGCGACUCCCCAUCUAGUCUCCGAUGAGCACCGCCCACGCAGUGCCUUCCCACCCCGCCUUUGGGCGAUUCCAGAGACCUGUUGCUAUCCACCUUCACUAACUCAAUCUCAACCGUAGGAUCACCAUCAUACGUGGGAGGAGGUUCUGACAAGGGCUUUGGUUCAUUGUGUGGUUCGAGGGUUCUGUUGUUAUACAUUGAAGAUAUAUAAAUACCAAAAUGUAUACAAAAAAUCUAAGCUAUAGGAAUCCAAAAGUCAACGUUUUACCAUCCAUUCAAUACCUUUGUAGAAGCUUUUCUCUUUGGUCGAUGAAGAAGGACCCGGAUCUCGAAUCGGCUCUCUCUAGAAACCGCAGAUGGAUUGCCAAUAACCAGCUAAAGAACAUAAUCCUUCGCUACCCGAACGGGGUAAUACCAGUAAAAUACCUUCAGAAAAAGUUCAAGACUCUUGAUCUCCAAGGAAAAGCUCUCAAUUGGCUCAAAAAAUACCCUUGUUGUUUUGAGGUCUUUCUCCACCACGACGACGAGUACUACUGUCGGCUUACGAAAAGGAUGAUGGCUUUGGUGGAGGAGGAAGAAACCGUGAAGGAUAUGCAGGAGCCGGCGCUGGUACAAAGACUGGCAAAGCUACUGAUGAUGAGCUUGAAUCACAGACUGAAUGUCGUAAAACUCAAUGAGCUGAAGCGAAAUUUUGGUUUCCCUGAUGAUUACCUGAUUAGGAUUGUGCCGAAGCAUUCCAACUUGUUUCGUGUUGUCAACUAUAGUGGGAGGCGGAGUUCAAUGGAGAUCGAGCUGAUGUCGUGGAAUUCUGACUUGGCGGUUUCAUCAGUUGAGGCCACAGCUCGGGAGCAGGGGGUUGAGCCAUGUUUCUCGAGUUCGUUGCCCUCCACUUGGGUGAAGUCACAGGAAAGAUCUCGUGAAUUCAAUUCGAGUCCUUACAUUUCGCCUUACUCGGACCCUAAAGUGCUGGUGGAGGGAUCUAAGGAGACGGAGAAGAGGACAGUUGCGUUAGUGCACGAGCUAUUGUCGUUGACUCUUUGGAAGAAAGCAUCAAUUUUGAAGCUAGGACAUUUCAGGAGAGAGUUUUCGCUGCCGGAGAAAUUGAACAUUUUGUUGCUCAAACACCCUGGGAUAUUCUACGUUUCGAAUCGAUAUCAGAUCUAUACCGUUCUUCUUAGAGAGAGCUACAAAGGGUCAGAGCUGAUCAAUAAAGAUCCUCUUGUGGUGGUGAAGGAGAAGUUUGGGGAAUUGAUGCAGGAGGGGCUUCACGAGUAUAAUAGAAGGCAUCAAUUGGAGAAUUUGGAGAAGAAGAGAAAGAAAGGCAUUGUUUUGGGUAGAUUGGAUAAAGUCAAAGAUCAGAACUCAGAAAGUUCUGAUCCUGAUGAUCAGGAAGGAGACAAGCUAGGAGGUUUUUUUGAUCCUGAAGAAAGAAAACGAUUCUAUAAAGUUCUCUUUGAAGACGAUGCGCCAUAAGAUGUAGUUGUGGCUUGUAUUCUCAAUCGUACUUUGUAUAUAUGAUUUGUUCAUCACCAAGUUUCAUUAAUCUUUAUCCUCCUUGUACGUCAGGAGCUUGGAGCACAUUCAAAUACAUCUUUUUCCCCCCAAGGAUUUUGUUUUGCUUUAAAAGCAGAGCAAUUUUUUUUU